AUGCACUGCCAAGGAUGCGCUACCAAAGUUUACGAUUGCCUGUUUGAAUUUGGAGGGGUGGAAGAUGUUUUGAUCGAGAUCGAAAAUGAUAUAGUGGUGGCAAAGGGGAAUAACUUGGAUCCCUUGAAGUUGUUGGAUAGAUUGCAAAAGAAGUACAGUAAGAACGUGGAGUUGAUUUCCCCUAUACCAAAACCACAGCCUCCAAUUCAAGAAAAGAAGGAGACACCAAAGCCACAGGAGCCAAAACUCAAAACGUUGAUCCUCAAAGUACUGAUGCACUGCGAAGGAUGCGCUCGUGAUAUAGAAAAAAUCGUGGGGAGAAUGCAAGGUGUGGCUAGUGUCCAAGCAGACAUGAACAGUGCGACGGUAGUAGUGAUCGGAUUCUUCGACCCACCAACUUUGAUCAAGAAGGUGAGAAGGCAAUUGGGGAAUAAACACGUCGAGGUAUUGAAGCAACAAAAGGAUGUGGAGUGUAAGGGUAAAAGCAAAGACCAACCACCGAGAAGGGAGAAAGAAGAACAACAACCUGCGUAUGUAUGCUUUUGCACUCCGCCCGAGCCUUUUCGUCCCCUUAGCGUUCAUCCCUGCCAAGUGUUUAGUGACGAGAAUGUCUUUGCUUGUACGAUCAUGUGA